AUCAUGCUAAGUAAAUUUCCCAAUGAAACAUACUCCGUGUGCACCAAUCCUAUAGUUGUUUCCGAUAAAAUUGGAACCACAGAAUAAAGUAAAGAUUAGGAUGACUGCCAGGAAGAUGCGCGCAAAUCUAUAGCAGUUUUAAUUUAAACAAACCCGCAUUUAGCAGUUGGCAGGCACGCAAUAAAUACGGAUAAUUUCACUGUCUUUAAUACUCCCGGUCCUCUGUCACAAGUUUCACAACGGCAGAAGUUCUCUUCAGAAGGAAGAAAAUAUGAGGCUUGUUAUUAGUACCUGUUUGGCAGUUUCUUUGUUUCUUAAGGUCUUGCUUAGUGGUUCAACGGUCGCAGCGCAUGCGCCAACUUGGCAAAGGCAUUCAGAAGGAUACUGCGCCAUGUAUGGCAUAUGUGGAAAACGUGUGGAUGGGAAAAUGCUGAAUUGCCCCUUUGGUUCCCAAUCUAUUAGGCCAGAUAAGUUGCUUUCAUCUAAGGUUCAAAGUUUGUGCCCAACAAUUACUGGAAAUGUAUGCUGUGCAGAGGCUCAAUUUGAAAUUUUAAGAUCUCAAGUCCAGCAAGCAAUCCCGUUUCUUGUAGGCUGUCCAGCAUGCCUGAGAAAUUUUUUAAAUCUAUUCUGUGAACUUUCAUGUUCUCCAAACCAGAGUCAAUUUAUAAAUGUGACAUCUGUUUCAAAGGUUAACAAAAACAUGACUGUAGAUGGUAUUGAUUUUUUUAUAACUGACACUUUCGGGGAGGAGUUAUUUGAAUCAUGCAAGGAGGUAAAGUUUGGGACUAUGAAUACCCGAGCAAUUGACUUCAUUGGUGCAGGGGCUAAAAAUUUUAGAGAGUGGUAUGCAUUUAUUGGUAGAAGAGCUGCACUUGGCUUGCCAGGAUCUCCAUAUGCCAUAAAUUUUACAUCAACUGCUCCUGAAUCUUCUGGAAUGAAAGCUAUGAAUGUGUCCGCGUAUUCCUGUGGCGACAAUUCAUUGGGCUGUUCUUGUGGUGAUUGUCCUUCGGCUUCUGCAUGCUCAAGUUCAGCCCCUCCGCCUGCUGUGAAGAAAGAGUCUUGCUCUAUUAGAAUAGGUUUUCUCAAGGCAAAGUGUAUUGAAGUUUCUGCAGCAAUAACUUAUAUCGUCCUGGUCUCCUUUUUUCUUGGAUGGGGUUUUCUUCAAAGGAGAAAAGAAAGAAGUUCAGCUUCCAGGACAAAGUCAUUGAUAAGUGCUCCUGAUACGGGUGUCAUCCGCCAAAUUAACAAGAAAAAAGACAAGAAUGUGCCAACACAGAUGUUCGAAGAUGCACCACAUAUUUCAAGUAACGUUCAACUUUCAAUCGUGCAACGGUACUUGUCAAGUUUUUUCAGGGUAUAUGGAACAUGGGUGGCAAGGCAUCCCUUAUGUGUUCUAUGCUCAUCUUUGGCUAUUGUUCUGGUACUUUGUUUGGGAUUGCUUCAUUUUAAAGUUGAAACAAGACCUGAGAAGCUAUGGGUUGGCCAUGGAAGUAGAGCUGCAAAAGAGAAGACGUUUUUUGACAGUCACCUAGCUCCAUUUUACAGAAUCGAACAGCUCAUAAUAGCAACCAAUCCUGAUGCAGAGAGUGGAAAACGUCCAACUAUCAUCACACAAGAAAACAUCUUGUUACUUUUUGAUAUACAAAACAAGGUAGACUCAGUCAAAGCAAAACACUCUGAGUCAAUUGUGUCUCUAGCUGACAUUUGUGUGAAGCCCCUUGGCAAGGAUUGUGCUACUCAAAGUGUUCUUCAGUAUUUCAAGAUGAAUGCUACAUAUUUUGAUGAGUAUGGGGGUAUUGACCACCUUCAGUAUUGUUUUCAGCACUAUACUUCUGCGGAGGAUUGUAUGAGUGCAUUUAAAGCCCCCCUUGAUCCAAGUACUGCUCUUGGUGGCUUUUCUGGUAACAAUUACUCAGAGGCUUCUGCUUUUAUUGUAACGUAUCCUGUGAAUAAUGCAAUUGAUAAAGAAAGCAACGAUACAAAAAGAAACGUAGCCUGGGAGAAGGCAUUCAUCCAGUUAGUGAAGGAUGAAAUCCUGCCAAUGGUUCAAUCGAAGGGUUUGACACUGGCAUUUUCAUCAGAGAGCUCUAUUGAGGAAGAACUUAGACGAGAAACCAAUGCUGAUGUUAUAACUAUAGUGAUAAGUUAUCUUGUAAUGUUUGCCUACAUAUCUUUGACAUUGGGGGAUAGUCCACGCUUCUCUUCAUGUUAUAUAUCAUCUAAGGUGUUGCUUGGCCUUUCUGGCAUUGUUCUUGUCAUGCUCUCUGUUCUUGGAUCAGUUGGUUUUUUCAGUGCCAUAGGAGUAAAAUCUACCCUCAUCAUAUUGGAAGUUAUCCCAUUUCUUGUGUUGGCGGUUGGGGUGGAUAAUAUGUGCAUAUUGGUGCAUGCAGUUAAAAGGCAGUCAUUGGAGUUGCCUUUAGAAGCACGAAUGAGCUAUGCUCUUGUAGAAGUAGGUCCAUCUAUAACACUAGCUAGUCUAGCAGAGGUUUUGGCAUUUGCAGUAGGAAGUUUCAUUCCUAUGCCAGCUUGCCGUGUGUUUUCCAUGUUUUCCGCAUUGGCUGUUCUAUUGGACUUCCUCCUGCAAGUGACUGCUUUUGUUUCCUUAAUGGCCUUUGAUUUUAUGAGAGCAGAAGAUAACAGGAUUGAUUGUUUUCCAUGUAUUAAAGUUUCUGAUUCAAAUUCUGAUCAUGAUAUAGGUAGUCAACAAAGAAAACCUGGUUUGCUGGUUCGAUAUAUGAAGGACGUGCAUGCCCGCAUUUUAAGUAUGUGGGGAGUAAAAGUAGGUGUCAUAUCCGUAUUCGCUGCUAUUGCAAUGGCAAGCAUUGCAUUAUGUGCAAGGAUUGAGCCAGGUUUGGAACAACAAAUUGUUCUUCCUCAGGACUCAUAUCUCCAGGGUUACUUUAGUAACAUAUCUGACUAUCUCAGAAUUGGACCACCAUUGUACUUCGUUGUGAAAAACUACAACUAUAGUUCUGAAUCUGGGCAAACCAACCAAAUAUGCUCUAUCAACCAUUGCAAUUCAAACUCUCUUUUGAACGAGAUUUCAAGAGCAUCUUUAACUCCCGAAUCAAGUUACAUAGCUAAACCAGCUGCAUCUUGGCUUGAUGAUUUUUUGGUUUGGAUAUCCCCAGAAGCUUUUGGCUGCUGUCGUAAAUUUAAUAAUGGGAGUUUUUGCCCAGCUGAUGAUCAGCCUCCUUGUUCAUUCAGCAGUGGAUUAUCUACUUGGGUGGGCAUAUGUAAGGACUGCACAACGUGCUUUCUUCAAUCAGAUUUAGACAAUGGCCGCCCAACAACUGAACAAUUCAAAGAGAAACUCCCGUGGUUCUUGAGUGCAUUACCUUCUAAUGAUUGUGCAAAAGGUGGUAAUGGGGCUUACACUAACAAUGUUGAGCUUAAAGGCUACGAAUCUGGUGUUAUUCAAGCAUCAGCAUUUCGUACAUUUCACACCCCUCUCAACAAGCAAAUUGACUAUGUUAAUUCAAUGAGGGCUGCACGGAGUUUUGCUUCUAGAAUGUCUGAUUCUUUAAAUGUGGAGGUCUUCCCAUAUGCUGUAUUUUAUAUAUUUUUCGAACAAUACCUUGAUAUAUGGAGGACAGCAUUAAUCGAUCUUUCCAUAGCUGUUGGUGCUGUAUUCUUAGCAUGCUUUGCCAUCACAUGCAGUUUUUGGACUUCAGCAAUUAUCUUACUUGUGUUGGUGAUGAUCGUAGUAGAUAUGAUGGGCAUAAUGGCAAUCCUAAAUAUCCAAUUAAAUGCUGUAUCGGUUGUCAACCUUGUAAUGUCAGUGGGUAUUGCUGUUGAGUUCUGUGUGCAUAUUACACAUGCUUUUCUGGUAAGCAGUGGAGAUAGGAAUCAACGCAUGACGGAUGCAUUGACCUCUAUGGGAGCCUCUGUAUUUAGUGGUAUCACUCUUACGAAGCUUGUUGGAGUGAUUGUUUUGUGUUUUUCACGCUCAGAAAUUUUUGUGGUUUACUAUUUCCAAAUGUACCUGGCCUUGGUUUUUCUUGGUUUCCUUCAUGGCCUCGUCUUUCUACCCGUGGUGCUGAGCAUGGUUGGUCCACCGUCAAGGUCUGUGCAAAUCGAGAAACAAGAAAGUCCUGAACCUUCUACAACACACCCCCACUUCUAAACUACUACCAUAGUACCAUAUAUACAUAAUUAUGUAGCUUGUGAGCGCUACUAUGGAAUUUAAUUAAUGCUAAAUGAAAUAUUCUUAGAGGCGUUGCACUUGGGAAUUGCUCUACUUAGGUUGUGAAUGUAUAAAUAAUACAUGUACAUGGAAUUGCACUUAAAUAAGAGUUGUCUGUGUAGGGUGUUUAGAGUGAUAGAGAAAUCAUUGGCCAAAACUAUUAAUUUCGCCUUGCUUUUAACCAAUCGUGGAAAUAAAUGUAAUUUUUAUGAUUGGGCGUUUGGUUAUUUUUUGUAAUUGGUAAGAAUGUUGUUAAUCAUAUCAAACUUUCGUUUCACUGCAAUUGUUG